GUAUCCCCGUCCCCAUUCGACCAGCCCUAAUAACCUGAUUCAGAAAGAAGAUUGAUAGUCCAUCAGCCAAUCACGGCCCGUUCGGAAUUGGUUCCGUUCUUGGCAUUAGUGAUUGAUAAGAUACUGCUUUUCCAGAAUAGCAAUUUGUCAGAUUCACCCCCAACACUUCCUUACCUUGGAACAACAUCCUUCCCACGCAAUGCAAGCUCUCUGGCGACGCGGUACCUCCCUCUUCGGAUCAACUCCAUCAGAUUCUCCCAAAGAGAUCGGGUCCGUCGAGGAUUUCCGAACCGCCCCUACCCCCGACACACUAUUCACUAAGGUCGAUCCCUCCAUCGAUGGGGAAGAAUGUCUCCACGACUGCGCUUCAUGCACUGUCCGGUACCCCGCUAAAUUCGAAGUCGACUACGAGGAUACCCUAUACUCAAAUGUCACCGGCUGGGCAACCCACCUAUUAGUUGCGACUGGUAAAACAGACUGGGUAAGAGAUGUAGCAGACGAACAGGGCAGCGUAAUGGAAGCCAUUGAAAAGGGAGGCCUGGAGCCCAGUAACGGGAAAUUGAAACUCUCUGCCUCCAACAUGCCCGUCCCAGACGAAUACCACCACCACGACUCAGGAAAGCAACCCACGACCGUCCUCCUUCUCCCAAGUUUCACCAUCGUCGACCACGUCACGCCGGCCCUGGCCCCCGACCUGAUCAAAUACUUUGUCAGCCCUGCCCCCACGACCACUACUCCCCUGGGCGCUCUCCCGGGGGCAAUUGAGCAAUCCGCAUCCGAAGAUCAAUCGCAACCGUUACCACCCUCUCCUGACCUACUAUCGUUGACACCCCUCCGGUCGCGGCCCUGUUCUCAUGCGGCUGUGAUCCUCCUCUGUUCCCAGCGCACAAGGGACGCCCGAUGCGGCCAGUCUGCGCCUCUGCUUCGGAAAGAAUUCGAGCGUCACUUGCGCCCGUUAGGAUUGUACCGUGAUCUUGAUGAUGAGCGGCCCGGUGGUGUUGGGGUCUACUUUAUUAGCCAUGUUGGAGGGCACAAGUAUUCUGCGAAUGUGAUUGUAUACCGGCGUCGCGAUUUCGAGUGGCAUCGUGGCGAUAAACAGGAGGCGUCGGCGAAAGGGGAGGAGGGCGCGGCGCAGGGGAUCUGGCUGGCGCGCGUUAGACCGGAGGACUGCGAGAAUAUUGUCCGAUAUACGGUGCUGAAGGGGAAGGUGGUCAAGCCGGAGCAGAUCAGAGGAGGAUUCGAUCGGGAACGGGGGGUGAUGAGUUGGUAAUUCGUUACUUUAGUUGUGGUAUACUCGGUACAUAUAAAAAGUACACAUCGAGAGAUAGGGUUGUGUACGAGUAUGGGCAUAGAUCUAAGACGAUAUUUAAAUGGUGUAUGACUAGAGUUAUGUUUGCCCCAUCCAGUAGAUAGUUAAUCCAUGUAGUUGUGCCAUUGAGCUUCGUAAAAGCAGGCGUGAGUUAUUCAAGCACUGCUAAGCUAGCAAAGCCCAUCCGAAUCCUGUUUGGCAUGCGUGUAGCAUUGAGAAA